AUGGAGAAGGACUUUGAAUGCGUGCUGGGUCAGCUCAACAAGGCUCGUGGCAUCGUCGGUGCUUCAACUGUCGACAUGCUGCAGGCAGUGGUGCCAUACUGUUUGGGUCAAGGGGAUCGUCACGACUACCAGAAGUCGAUGGUUGAGACUGUGGAGACGACUCUGAAGCAAAUCGAGGAGUCUUGCGUGCGUGAAGUGGCCGCUUCCCAGAGCGCCCUUGCUGAUGCCGAAGCCAAGCAGGGGACUGCGACAGCAGAGCUGCAAAGCACAGAGGAGAAGGCGAAGGCGUGCGAGGAAGACAAGGCAACGAAGGAUGAAACCCAGGCCAACUCCCAAGCGGCCGUUGUAGAAGCAACGCAGGCCCUGCAAAUUGCACAGGAGAGUGAGCAAAACCUGGGCGCGGAAAAGGAGGCGGUUCUGAAAGACCGAGAAGAAUCUGAGAAGUUCCGAACGACGACGUGGGAAGCUGUGAAGACAGGCUCCUUCCCUGGCUCGGAGUGGCGUGAGCGAAACAAAGCGAUCGAGGAGACCAUCAAGAUGCUCGACGGCUUCGGUCUGGAUGCCAGUCUAAAGGCAGCUCUCCCCACAGCCUUGAAGACGAAGCCCGCUGAUCGCAAGAGGUUCAGCCUGGCAGCAGUGGAGUUCGCUGAGGUGGCGAUAUCCACGCGCCUGCAGAAUCUUCAGGCCAAAAUUGACAACUUUGAGCAGGAGGCCAGCGCGCGUUUGCAGGCCGUGGCGGCAGCCAAAGAGGCGCUCUCGGCUGCUGAAGACAAGCUUCAGGCAGCCAAGGUCCUCCUCUUAGCCUCACAUGCUCUGUACGAACAGGACGCGCUGCAGGCUGUGCUCAGCAGCAAGGCGGACAUUGAGAAGGACAUCAAGGCGAGGAUUCUGCAUGUUCCCGACACCCACUUCUCGCGCGAGUCUGAUGCCAGCCCAUGGUCCGAUCGAAUGCACAGGGCUUUCGUCGCACCUCAGCGAUUCGACACUCGAAGCCCGACCAGCACCGGUUUCGAGCUGCGGCAGGCCCUCAAAUUUGCCGAGUCGAUCCCUGUGGACCUCGUGGCGCUUGGGGGAGACUUGGUCAACUUUCCCUCCCAGUCCUCUGUAGAUGACAUCGUCGUGGAGCUGCAGAAGUUGCGUGUGCCUUUUGUCUACACGGCUGGCAAUCACGACUGGCAUCUGGAGAAGCUCCAUGACUGGGAGAAGAGCUUCGACUCUCAAGAGAGGCCCAACGAGCUGGGGCCGCUACUGAAAUUCUACCAGAUGAGUGGGCGAGGACUGCCUGACCGCAACUUCUCGGACCCACGAUUCGGCUCUGCCCUCCUGCCUGCCGGCUUGCGCAUUGUGUGCAUCGACAACUCGAACUACCAGAUCGACGAGGACCAGCUUAGGUUCUUCCAGGACAUGCUUGGAAUGGGGCAGCUCUUCAUCCUUGUGAUGCACAUUCCCAUCUACUUCCCUGGCAUGACGUGGGGGCCCAGUGAUGUCAUGGGCCACCCACUCUGGAGCGACAGCAAUGACAAGAAUGCGGAGGUGGAGGCUCGCCUGAAGUGGCCCAAACACGCCAGCCAAAGCACCGUGAAGUUUAUCGAGGCUGUCCAGGAAUCUGCCAAGGCGGAGCAACUUGUGGCCAUUCUCACAGGGCACACGCACGAGGCUGCCACAGUGCCUGUGCCUUGUCCUCACGAUUCUUGCAAGACUCCUGUGAAACAGUUCACGACCCGCGCGAACUUUGGGGGUGGCGCGCGCCUGCUCAUCAUCCGCUCCUUACGCGGUCACAGCAUGCAGAGCGCUGGGCUCACUGGGUCGAAUCAGGGCGUUUCCGGCCUUGCUUGCGCACUGCUUUCACUGGGGUGUGUUGGAGUUUACGUCUUGUGCACGCGGCCUCGGACAGCACCUCACCUCCCGGCUCUGGAGAUGCCGGAGGUGUCCGACAAAGAUGCGGUGGGAGGGCAGCAGUGA